CGCCUGAUUUUCAGAGCCUCCAAGUUUCAUAGAAAAGCCUAUAGACCAGGAAAGCUUACCUGGUUCAUCAGUGCAGUUUAGAAGUGUUGUGAAAGGAACUGCUCCACUAACUAUAAAAUGGCUGAAGGAUGGCAGGGAACUGAUGUCUGGAGCUGAUUAUUUUAUUUUAAAUGAAAGCACAACAAGUUUACUUGAGCUGUUUUCAGCCAAAGUUUCUGAUUCUGGUGACUACAUUUGUGAAGUCGCCAACAAAGCUGGCAGUGCCUCUUGUGCGGCAAGACUCUUUAUAAAAGAGCCUCCAUAUUUUAUUAAGAAAUUAGAUCCAACAGCAAUAUUUAAAAAAGGAGACACAGCAAUUUUUGAGUGUAAAGUAACUGGCACACCAGAAAUCAAAGUCUCUUGGUUCAAGAACUAUCGUGAAAUUAGUUUUGAUGAAAAAUACAAAAUGACAUUUGUUGAUUCAGUGGCAAUCUUAGAGAUUGCUAAUGUAAUCUUGGAUGACAGUGGCAAUUAUUCUUGUAAAGCCCAAAAUGAAGCUGGCAGUGAAUCUUGCGACAUUAUGGUCACAGUUAAAGAACCUCCAACAUUUAUGAAGAUACUUGAACCUGCUGAGGUAGUUAAAUCUAGUGAUGUUACUCUUGAAUGUGAGGUGGCUGGUACAGCUCCCUUUGAAGUUUUGUGGUAUAAGGACAAUAAGCAACUUCGUCGCAGUAAAAAGUACAAAAUGAUCUCUGACAUUUCUUUAGUCAGUCUUUGCAUUCUUACAUCUGAUAGCUCAGAUGUUGGUGAAUACGUGUGUGUGGUCAAAAAUGAUGUGGGAAGUUGUUCCUGCAGUUCUACCGUCAAACUGAAAGAGCGACCAACCUUCUUACAAACAAUAGAAAAUGCAACCGUAUUUUCCGGAAAUCCAGCUGUGUUUCAGUGUGUUGUAAAAGGCUCAGGACCUAUUACUACAAGUUGGAAAAAAGAUGACAAACAUGUCCGCGAAGCUGAAAAUAUAAAAAUUUCCUUUGAAAACAAUAUUGCUACAUUACAGAUCAUUAAUGCUGAGGAAAAUCACAGUGGAAAUUAUAUUUGUCAGGCAAAGAAUGAUGCGGGAACAGCAAAAUGCUUUGCUACUUUGGUUGUAAUGGAACCAGCAAAUAUUAUAGAAAAAUCUGAACCACUCACAGUGACUUCAGGAAACCCAGCCAUUUUGGAAUGUACUGUAGCUGGUACACCAGUAUUAAAUGUUGCAUGGUUCAAAAGUGGAAAGCAACUGGAAUCAAACAGAAGAUAUAAAUUGAGUUUUGCAAAUAAGAUAGCCAGGUUAAAAAUUUUGUCUGCUGAACCCGAUGACAGUGGAAAUUAUGCCUUUAAAGUCCAGAAUGAGUUUGGGGCUAACAGCUGUGAUAUUCAUUUAACUGUAUUAGAGCAAAUUAUUCCUCCGUUGUUGACAAGGAAGUUAAAGGAAAUGGGCAGUACUUUAGGAUCUUUUGUGCGAAUGGAAUUCAAAGUUUCUGGUUCUAUUCCAAUGAGCAUUACUUGGUAUAAAGAGGACAAAGAAAUAUCAGCUAGCGACAAAUAUAAGAUGUUAUUCCAAGAGAACACAGUCUCCUUAGAAAUCAAUGAGCUAGACUUUUCAGAUGCUGGAAUUUACACUUGCAAAGCAGCAAAUUCAGCAGGAAAGGAUGAAUGCAGUGCUGUCUUAAGUGUAAAAGAACCCCCAAGCUUUACAGAUAAAGUAAUGUCCCAGGAUGUUGUACUCGGUUCUACGGUGCAAUUUAAGGGUGUUGUGAAAGGAAGUACACCAUUAUCUACAAAAUGGUUCAAAGGGGACAGAGAAUUGAUGCAUGGUGUGGCAUAUUCUAUUUGGAAUGAUGGCUCGACAUAUUUUCUAGAUUUGCUCUCAGCUAAGAUAUCUGAUGCGGGUAGUUAUACCUGCCAAGUUAGCAAUGAUGUUGGUACAGAUGCCUGUUCUGCAGAACUAUUUGUUAAAGAACCCCCUACUUUCAUUAAGAAGUUGAAUUCUUCAACAAUAUUGAAAAAAGGCAUCUCAGCACGCUUUGAGUGCAUUGUUACUGGAACGCCUGAAAUCAAAGUCUCUUGGUAUAAAAAUUGUGCUGAAGUUGUUGCCAGUGACAAAUAUAUAAUAUCAUUUGAUGGUUCUGUGGCAGUUCUUGAGAUUAUUGAUAUGGUUGUCGAGGACAGUAUGUGCUAUGUUUGUGAGAUUCGAAAUGAAGCUGGCAGUGACAGCUGCAGCACAGAAGUUGAAGUUAAAGAACCUCCCAGUUUCAGAAGGAAACUUGAAUCUGCUGAGGUUAUAAGAAGUAGUGGUCUUACUCUUGAAUGUGAGGUGGCUGGUGCAGGUCCAUUUGAUGUUAUGUGGUUUAAGGACAAUAAAAAGAUCCCACCAAGUGAAAAAUACAAGAUGAUCACAAAGAAUGUUUUAAUUAGCCUUCACAUCUUGAAGGUGGAUAUUCCACUUGUUGGUGAAUAUAAAUGCACAGUAACAAAUGAGGUGGGAAGCUGCUCCUGCAGUUGCAUUGUCAGUUUAAAAGAACCUCCAUCAUUUAUAAAGAAGAUUGAAAAUAUUACAACAUUUGUUGGAAAUUCAACUUGUUUUCAGUGCCUUGUAACAGGCUCAGAGCCUCUAUCUAUAAGUUGGAUGAAAGAUAAUGUCAAUAUCAAAGAAGAUGAAAAUAUAUCAAUUUCCUUUGAAAACAAUCUUGCUGUGCUAACAUUUGCGGCAGUUGAAGCAAAAGACGGUGGGAAAUACAUCUGUCAGGCCAAAAAUGAUGCAGGGGUUGAGAAGUCUUUUGCCACAUUGAUAGUAACAGGUUGGUUGGGAAUAUUAAAUAUAAUUAGCUGACAUAUAAACACAAAUUAUUUCUGUUCAAAAUUAUUUAUCAGUUUAGCGUGAAAAAGAAGGUGGUGUUAUAUUGAAUGUACUGACAUCACUCAGAAUAAUAUUUUCUUUUAACAGAGCCUGCAAAAAUUGUUGAGGCAGCAAAAUCAUGCAACGUAACUGUAAAAAAUCCAGCAGUUUUGGAAUGUAUUGUAGCAGGCACACCAGACCUAAAGGUUAAGUGGUUUAAAGACAGAAUGGAGCUCACAUCCAGCGGAAAGUAUAAAUUGACUUUUGAG